AUGACAUCAAACGGUGGUAUUCCGGUGUUAAUGCCUCCAUUCUACGUACCACAACGAGUAAUUGUACCAGGCACUCCAAUUGGCUUUGGGUUAACAACAAAUUUACUCUCAAGUACUAAUUUAUCUUUAUUUCAAACAAUGCCAUCACCUGUAAUUGGUGUUGAUUCGCGUCCAUUGUUGUCAAAGAAAGGUGAUUUACGUGAUCCUAAUAAUUGGAGAGGUAUAACGCUACUGUCAAUACCUGGGAAAGUGCUUUGUGGAAUAUUAGCAGAUAGAAUAAGAUCAGCAAUAGAGAAAGUUUUACGUGAAGAACAAGCCGGCUUUAGACCAAAUAGAAGACAAAGAUGUAUUCUUUCACCUUUACUGUUUAUUAUUGCGAUUGAUCGGGUACUUCAAAAAGCUCUGAAAGAUCAAAAGUUAGGAGUUAAAUUGAAUUAUAAACAGGAAAUAGAAGAUUUGAAUUUUGCAGACGAUAUCGUACUUAUAGCUGAUAAUACACAGAAAAUGCAAGAAAAAACAGAUCGUAUAGAUACUCAUAGUAAAUCAAUAGGAAUGGACAGGGAUAGGCUCGCUAAACAGAUAUUACAAUGGGAACCACAAGGAGGAGAAACAAGAAUGGGAAGACCACCAACAUCAUGGAGAGAAACAAUUACUAGAGACUUAAAGGAAAUGGGAUUGAUUUACGAUGAAGCUAUACAGUUGGCAAGAAACAAAAACGAAUGGGAUGCAUUUUUAUUGCCCAUUGCACCAAAUGGUGACUGGUCAAAUAGAUAG